AUGAAGCGUCAACCUCCCAAAAGUCCAUACUAUAAAUAUGAUUUUAGUGUCUGUACUCCUAGCGGACAAUUUGAUCCCCUGUUUAUCGAAAACGUGCUGGAUAUAUCCGAUGCCUUGGUGGAGAUUUUCAGAAUUUGCGGUAUACCAACGUGCAAGGCGAGGAUUGCCCGUUCAAUUGUAGUUAAAGCAUUUCAAUUUUAUGAUGUGAAACGUCAUCGGUUUUGUGUUAAGCCAGAAGAAGAUGGUAGCAUACAUCGUAAAGAUAUAGUGGACGAAUUCCAGUGUAGAUGUUGGAUGUCACGCUUGCAAGGUCUACUGGCUUAUGCACUACUCAAACGAGUUAUGAAGGCUUUCUUCCUUCAAACACCCGAUCACAGUAUACGCAGCGCUAUAAUUGAAGCAUUGGUCAUAAAAGAGCGACGAUAUGCUUGGGAGCAUGCUGCAAGGAAAUCUAUUCGCGUCUUCGAACAUUAUCGGCAUGCAUUUUUUAAAGCUUGUCCAAAUUAUAAAGAAAGAAUUUUUCAAACAUAUAGGGAAUUAUACGAAUGUUUAUAUAAGCGAGCAGAUCCUAUAAUUGUGGAAGAUUAUCAUCCAAGAGGCUGUAGGAAAAGAAUUAUAAUUGGCACACAAUCUCCUCCAAAAUAUCAAGAGGAAAAACAAAAGUGCGUACAAAAAUGUCAACGCACCAAUGAGCUCAAAGAAUAUUUGAAAACUUUGCCGCCUAAAAGAUUACCGAUUGCUGCUAGCUGCUUUAAACUGCCCCUUCCAUGUAAUUUAAUAUGCCCGCCUAAAAUUGCAAAGAAAAAAUACGAAAAUGUAAAAAGUUACGAGCAAUGCGAGUAUGAGGAGAAGAUGAGGAGGAAAAGGAAAGAAGCGAAAAACGUUGACUCAAACUUGCCGCGUUGCUAUCAGUGUGAUUGUCCGAAAAUUAUCUGUGAUUGUGAUAUAGAUCCCACCACCGGCAUUGUAGCUACAGACUGUAGUCAAGGUCCUUUUCAAUGCCAAUGGGUUCGUAUGGAUAAAGCUGAACGGCCAGAUCCAUUUAUACGAAAGCCGGAAUUCCAUGAGUGUCCCGUUGAUUGCUUGAUCUCAUAUAGCUCAAGUGAUUCAGCGGUCUCUGAUUGUUGCAAAUGUCCAACCGAUGACGAAGACAAACUGAUCAUUUCAUCUAGUGACGAAUGCGAAGAUAUUGUAUACGCGAGCUCGGAUAAUGAAGAAAAGUUGGAAAAAUUAAUGAAAAAAGAUUUACCUAAACGAAACCCGGUAGACUCUAAAGGAACAUGUAAUACAACCAUACUUCGACGUAUCUCUAAAUUGCCAGAGAUGCAACCGAAGUCGAAAUCGAAACCGAAGGUCAUAAAGAAUUAUCGGAAAUUAUGUAAUUGCGGAAGGAAGAACAAGUCUAAAAAAUCGAAAAACUAA